AUGCGCUGGUCACUGUCCCUCGCAUCGCUCGCCCUCCUUUCCCUCACCACCGCCGCUCCUCUUCAGUGCCGACAUAAAUCUGACCCUGAUUCUCCCCACGACUAUGUCGCUGCCGCCCCAACAGCGACUAUAUACCCAGACACCGCCGGUGGACAACCGGUGAACAUUGUUGGCUUCGCCGACGACAGAUUCGGUGCGGAUGUCUACCUUGGUGUGCCCUAUGCACAGCCUCCUGUCAACAAACUCCGUUUCGCCGCCCCCCAGUCUUACGUCUACAACACCGAAUCCUACACUGCCCAGACCCAGCCUCCCAUGUGUUUGCAGAACCCUCAAGAGAGCGAGAUCAUCUACGGCACCGAGAACUCUGAAGACUGUUUGUUCCUUAAUAUUUUUGCUCCUGCGGGUUUAAACCUUGCCGAAGAGAAGGUCCCUGUGAUGGUAUGGGUAUAUGGGGGCUCCUUCACUUCUGGAUCUGUCUACCCCUACAACGGAUCGGCACUCAUUCAGCACUCAACUGAAACUGGUAAACCCGUCAUCCACGUCGCCCUCAACUACCGUCUUGGCGCUCUCGGAUGGGGUGUGGGAUCAGGCUUCGCGGAAAACAACGCUACCAACCUGGGUCUCCGAGACAUCAAGAAAGCUCUGGGAUGGGUACAAGAGAACAUUUGGGCUUUCGGAGGCGACCGCGACCAAGUGACGGUAUUUGGAGAGUCUGCCGGAGCCAUCUCUAUCUCUCUCUUGUACCUCGACCCGGGAACUACGCUCUUCAGCAAGGCCAUCAUGGAAAGCGGCGCUCCUAGUUCCAUUCCUCUGGGCCCUCAAGAAUCCACAUGGGAAGAUGCGUAUGAAGCUCUCCUCAAAGCUGCCAAUUGUGUCGACUUCAACUGUUUGAGAGACCUCAGCGGGGAAGCUAUCCUUGCGGCUCAGAUGAAUGUCAAGAACCAGACCGCCUUCAAAGCUGGCUUCAUAUACAGCCCGACUAUCGACGGCGAUCUCAUCCCUGAUUCCCCGCACCAGCUCGUCUUGGAUGGCAAGGUCGCGAAUAAGCCGUUCAUCACGGGAAACACCAAAGACGAAGGAACGAGGUUUGCGCCUACUUCCAUCAACAGUAGCCCAUACGGACUCUUGGUGCUCAACCUGUUCGAGCCAGACGACCCCCAUCUCAUGACUACCCGCAAGCUGCUCCGGCUCUACCCCAACGAUGGGCGUGCGGGAUCCCCAUUCGACACUGGAAGCCAAACGUUCGGUCUUACUGCCGCGUACAAGCGUUUCGCCGCCAUCUUUGGUGAUCUCUUCUUCCAAUCCCAGCGCCGAUACUUCCUAAGGCAAGCCAACGCCCAUGGAAAUACUCAGACGUGGACAUUCCAGUUCGAGCAACCUACUCCCGGAAAACCUGAAUACCUUGGCAUCUAUCACUCGACCGAGAUUCCUUACGUUUAUGGUGCCGCCAGACCCGAUAUAGGGCAGCAAGGCUUCUCCUACACCUAUACCGAGGCUGAUCACCGCCUCUCCCACGUCAUAAUGGACUACUGGAUCAACUUUGCCAAUUACGGCAGUCCCAACGGCCCCAACGACACAGCCAGCUCGUCUUCCAACGCCGUCUACUGGCCCAUUCAUGACUCCGACAACAAGCAGAUCCUCCGUCUCAAGGCCGACAACAUUUCUGUCUUCAGAGACGACUACAGGGAGGCCGGUACCGAUUUCAUCACCUCCCGUCCCAAGGCAUUCAGCUUGAGGCGAUCCCUGGAUAUCGGGGUCGGCGCCGGAGUUGGAGUCGGUAUCGACGGAGAACUCGGGGAAGGUCUUGAUGCCAGUGUCAACGUUGGCGUUGACGGUUACGUUGGUGCCGAGAGGAAGCGGGCUUCUCUGACCGCAGCUCUCGACGAGAUGCCCGUCGUUGAUCUCGACUUCACGACCUUCGAAUCCAAGCGAGACUUGAACCUGGGUGUCGGCGUUGGUGUCGACGGCGAAUUGGGCUUGGCCCUCAAGCGAGACCUCGAUAUUGGUGUUGGAGUGGGAGUUGGUGCCGUUGUUGACUUGCAACUCAAGCGAGGAAUCGACAUCAGCGCCGAUGUGGCUGCCCUUGGCCAAGUCGACCUUGGCCUCGCGUUGAAGCGAGAAUUUGACCUUGAAGCUGGUGUCGGUGUCGGUGCUGGGAUUAAUCUCAACCUGAAGCGGGAUUUCGACCUUGAAGCUGGUGUCGACGUCGGUGCUGGGCUCAAUCUCGCACUGGAGCGAGAAUCAGACCUCGAAGCUGGUGUCGGCGUUGGUGCUGGGCUGAAGCGAGAUCUGAAACUCAAAGUUGACGUUGUGGCAGCCGGAAAGGGUAUUCUGGAUGCCGAAAUCAAGAAGCGAGAUGAUCUGAACAUCGGUGUUGGCGUUGGCGUGGGCGUUGGUGUCGGUGUUGGAUUAUGA